AUGGCCGUCGGAAUCCCCCCACCGCCUCGGCCAAUCUCCCCGUCUCACAAACCACCAGCAACCAUCGCCUCCGUCCCGGCCGACGCUCCCCUCUCCACUCUCCUCGACAUCCUCGACCGCGACGGCGGCGUCAUCCUGACCGACCUCGUCAGCGCCGAAGACCUCGCCGCCAUCGACGCCGACGUCGAGCACCACCGGUCGCAGGCGCCCCCAACCGAAGGCAGCGCGCUGCACAUCAUCCCCAAAGAGACGCUGGCCAUCCCCGGGCUCGUCGGCAAGUCGCCGACCGUCGCCAAGCUGUGCGAGCUUCCCGUGCUCGAGGACCUGCGGCGCGCGAUCCUGCGCGAGACGUUCAGCGUGAUCCGCGAGGAGGUGGUGGAGACGAACGCCAUCGACGCGCUGCUGAGCAUCAGCGUGACGCUGCACAUCGGGCACGGCGCGCCGCGGCAGCGGCUGCACCGCGACGACAACGUGCACGGGAUCCGGCACGGCGGCGGCGGGGAGUUCGAUUUGAGGAAGGCGAGCCAGUUCGGGUGUCUGAUCGCGGGGACGCGGACGACGCGGGAGAAUGGCGCGACUAUGUUUGUGCCGGGUUCGCACAGGUGGGAUGACGAGCGGGUGCCGCAGACGGCUGAGGUUUGCUUUGCUGAAAUGCAACCCGGGUCAGCUCUCAUCUUCCUGGCUUCCUGCUAUCAUGGCGGCGGCUACAACUCGGUCCCGGGCGAGGUUCGCAAGGUGCACGGUUUGUUUUUCAUCAGGGGGACGCUGCGUACCGAGGAGAACCAAUUUCUUGCGGUGCCACGGAGCAAGCUGGCGGGUAUGAGCGACAAGAUGCUCUCACUACUUGGGUAUAAGAAGCCGGACACCGUGUUGGGUAUCGUUGAGAAUGAUGAUCCGAUGAGGGAUCUUAAGGGAGUUCUUGCAAAGGCAAAUGCAUAG